GCGGGCACUGGGUCAGACAUUGGAUCGUCUGACUGGACAGCGGGCACUGGGUCACCAGGCAUCAGGUCAUUUGGCUUGUCAGCGGGCACCGCGUCAUCUGGCAAGGCAGUGGGCUCCGAGUCAACUGGUAUGACCGCGGGCACUGGGUCAGACAUUGGAUCGUCUGACUGGACAGCGGGCACUGGGUCACCAGGCAUCAGGUCAUUUGGCUCGACAGCGGGCACCGCGUCAUCUGGCAAGGCAGUGGGCUCCGAGUCAACAGGCACGACAGUGAGCACCGGGGCAUCAGGUACCGGAUUGUCUGGCUCGACAGCGGGCAUCGGGUCACCAGGUAUGACAGCGGGCACUGGGUCGCCAGGCAUCAGGUCAUCUGGCAAGGCAGUGGGCACCGCGUCACCAGGCAUUGGAUCGUCUGGCUCGACAGCGGGCAUCGGGUCACCAGGCAUCAGGUCAUCUGGCAAGGCAGUGGGCACCGGGUCACCAGGUAUGACAGCGGGCUCUGAGUCAAUUGGCACGACAGCGGGCACUGGAUCAGGUACCGGAUCAUCUGGAUCAACAGCGGGCAUCGAGUCAACUGGCCUAAUAGGAUCGUCGGGCUGGAUCAGUUCAUCCUGCUGAGUAGCGGCAUCAGGCUGAAUGCAGGCAUCAGGCCGAAGGCAUCAGGCCGAGUAGAGGCAUCAGGCUGAGGAGAGG